GAACAACAGAACACCAUGCUUAAUUGUUCUCUCCUAAUUUUAGGCUUAGCUACGCAUGAACCCAACUUUACUAUUAUUCGAGAAGAAUUUAAGCCAAAUCAACCAAGGCCCUGUGAAUUAUGCGGUCAAAUAGGUCAUGACAUGAAAGAGUGCACAGGAGGGGCUAAACAGAAACAAGGUGAAUUUGAUGAAUUGGAAAAACCUCUAGAAAUUGAUACAGAGUUUAUUUUCAUUCGUUUAAAUGUCUUGCGAGAAUAUCUGGCUAAAGAAUUGGCUAUGGAAAACUUACCAUUCCAGUAUGAUUUAGAACGGGCAAUUGAUGAUUGGGUAUUCAUGUGCUUUUUUGUUGGAAAUGAUUUUUUACCUCAUCUCCCAUCUCUGGAAAUCAGGGAAGGAGCCAUUGAUCGUUUGGUUGAUCUUUAUAAAAAGGCAGUAUAUAAAACUGGGGGAUUUGUGACUGACAGUGGACAUGUAGAUCUGAAUAGAGUUCAACUCAUUAUGAAUGAUCUCGGAGAAGCUGAAGAUGAAAUUUUCAAGAGGCGACAAGACAAUGAACUAUCUUUUCGAGCCCGAGAGAAGGCAAAAAGGAAAAGAAUGAAGAUGAACAGAGAUGACAGGCCAGCUUGGACACCAGGUGGGCAAUUUAGUCCAAGGGUAUGUCAA